AUGGGUAACACCUAAGGAAAAGAAUUAUCUCCAUAAAUGAGAGAGAGAGUCCUUAAGCUAUUUGCCAAAUUUGAUGUUGAUGGUUCAAAAUCGAUAGAGAAGACAGAAACAAUCAAAUAUUGGAAGAGCAAUUUUGCAAAGCUUAAUACUGAGGAGCUAUUCAAAUCAGUUGACACAGAUAAUAGUGGUACUAUCUCUGAAGAAGAAUGGUUAAAUUUUUGGACCUCAGUAUUAAGAAGUGGACAUACUGAAGAAGAAAUAUCUGAUGAAUUAGAAUCGAUUGAAACAGGAUCAUCCUGGUGUAAAUUUGAAAAUUUAGAUAAAAAAGGUUGAAUCCCAUAAUAUUUAAUAAUAUAUUCAAAGAAUUUUUUAUUUGCUUAA